CAACAACAACAAUAGUUACAACGAAAAUUGCUGGAAGGCGCCGCAAAAUAUCAAAAUGUCAAUUCAGAAGCUCAACGACGCCUCCAACUCCGGGUACGUGAGCUCCGAGGAGACGGACUCGCUGCUGGUGAGCAAUCCCAAUCCCGGCAAGGGCGGACCCCGGACUGCACUGCUCCGGCAGGUGAAGAGCAGCUCGGCGAAUGGACCCACCGCCUCCUCCUCGAUGGGCUCCGUGUCCGUAUCGGUGUCCUGCUCCGGCUCGGCCUCCGGCUCCGGAUCGGGGGGCGUGGCCAGCAAGCCGACACUGAUGCGACAGGACCGCACUUCCACUUACCUGACCAGCCCGCAGCAGUCGCAAUCGCACCAGACGCCCGGCGGCAGGAUGGGGUCCGAGGAGAGCAUGCGGCAUCCGCAGGACGAGGACGUGGAGCAGGGACUGAUACGGAACAGCAUAGUGCCUGACAUCGAAGUACACCAAGAAGAGGACCAAGAGCACAGCCACGGUCAGGGCGGGGGUCACGGCCAGCACCAGCACCAGACCCAGUCCCAGACCCAGGCCCAGGCUCAAACCCAAAAUCAGACUCAGACGCAUAGUCAGACCAACAAUACGAAUACGAAUACAAAUCCGGAUACAAUGAAUCCAUCGACCAAGCAACCGACCAUAUCAAUUAUGAAUUUAAGUUUGAAGCCCGGAGACAUGGCCGGUGGCCACGGCUCCUCGCACAGUCAUCCGAAUCUGGGGACGUCCUCGUACCAGAAUCUGGCCUCCAGCAUACCACCCAGCGCGCCGAGUCGGUGCCGGGCGUGCCGGAACUGCAGCCGCCGGGCUUCCACAACGCCCCUCUCCACGACGAUCGGUAUCGAUCGGUCGGCGUCGCGGGACAGCGUGAAAAGUGCCUUCCAGCAGGGCAACCUCUCCAACUCCAUGGCCAUUUGUAUCUCCAACACGGCGCUGCAGCAGCAGCAACAGCAACAGCAGCAGCACCAGUAUCAGCUGCAGCCGCACCAGUACCAGCAGCAGCAACACCAGCAGCACUACCUGCAACAGCAGCACUUGCAACAGCAACAGGUGCCGCCCGUUCUGAUCACCUCAUCGCCGACGAACGGCUCUCGGAUAAUACGGCAGAGCUCCCAGCCGGAAUCGAGCAGCACGGCCAUCUGUUGCGGUCCCCACUCCGCCUACGGCUCCUCCCACUCGCACACCGUUCCGAACGUCUCGCUGAAGCAGCUCCGGGAGAGCACUACGGACGGAAUAGCCGGGAUUGCGGCCGACUCCCUGAGGAUCAAUGGCGGAAUGCGACCCUUCAAACAGGGCGUUCUUCUAAUGCCUCGCACCUUGUCCGAAAGCCGAAAGUUGCGCCUUCGAAGGGCUUUUACCGAGGCCACUAACGAAACGCUCCAAUGCUCCAAAAUGCUCCGCAAACCGGCGUCGACACUCUCAAUUCCUGGCUCGAUGAAAACACCUUCCAUUGCGAACCGGGAACAGAUCUCAUCUGGAUGCAACGAAGAAGCGGCCGAGGCACUAGUGGGUAUCCACUCAGACUACCCUAGGUAUGAAAUGUAUAUGGAAGAACGUGCCCUUACUGGCGGCAAUACGUCCAGGAAGCCCUCAACAAACUCGGCCAAACACAAACCCAAUGUGGGCUAUCGCCUGGGAAAGAGGAAAGCCCUGUUCGAGAAGCGCAAACGCAUCAGCGACUACGCCCUGGUCAUGGGAAUGUUUGGGAUCAUCGUGAUGGUAAUCGAGAACGAGCUGAGCAGUGCCGGUGUCUACACAAAGGCAUCGUUCUACUCGACAGCGUUAAAAACCUUAAUAUCUGUUUCGACUGUGAUUCUUUUAGGACUUAUAGUAGCUUACCAUGCUUUGGAAGUGCAGGUGAGAUUAUUCAUGAUAGAUAACUGCGCCGACGAUUGGAGGAUCGCAAUGACAUGGCAACGAAUUAGUCAAAUAGGGUUAGAACUUUUUAUAUGCGCUAUACAUCCAAUUCCUGGCGAAUACUAUUUCCAGUGGACGACGAAAUUGGCCAAUAAGAAUAAAACAAUUGGCACCGAAUUGGUGCCAUAUGACGUAGCUUUAUCAUUACCUAUGUUCCUUCGAUUAUAUUUAAUCUGCCGCGUAAUGCUGCUGCAUUCAAAACUAUUCACAGACGCAUCAUCACGGAGCAUUGGCGCUCUCAAUAGGAUUAAUUUUAACACAAGAUUCGUUUUAAAAACUCUAAUGACAAUAUGCCCGGGAACGGUUCUAUUGGUCUUCAUGGUCUCACUCUGGAUCAUCGCCUCCUGGACGUUGCGUCAGUGCGAAAGGUUCCACGAUGAAGAGCACGCGAAUUUGCUUAACUCCAUGUGGCUAACGGCCAUCACUUUUUUGUGUGUCGGCUAUGGCGACAUUGUGCCAAACACAUACUGUGGACGUGGCAUCACUCUCACCUGCGGCAUGGUGGGCGCUGGAUGCACGGCUCUGCUGGUGGCCGUGGUUUCCCGGAAACUGGAGCUGACCCGUGCCGAGAAGCAUGUGCACAACUUCAUGAUGGACACGCAGUUGACCAAAAGGCUGAAAAAUGCUGCGGCGAAUGUCCUUCGUGAAACUUGGCUCAUUUACAAACAUACAAGACUAGUAAAACGGGUUAAUCCCGGCCGUGUAAGAACCCACCAAAGAAAGUUCCUUCUAGCUAUAUAUGCGUUGCGAAAAGUCAAAAUGGAUCAGCGCAAACUAAUGGAUAAUGCAAACACAAUAACUGACAUGGCCAAGACACAAAACACGGUCUACGAGAUAAUAUCGGACAUGUCUAGCCGUCAGGAUGCCAUCGAGGAGCGCCUAACCAAUCUGGAGGAUAAAAUGCAGAGCAUACAGGAGCACAUGGAGAGCCUGCCGGACCUAUUGUCCCGUUGCUUGACCCAACAUCAGGAGCGAAUCGAACAGAGGCGCAACUUCUUGCAUCCGGACACAGCUGCAGCCCCCAUUCAGCAGCCAACCCCUCCCUCGAUGUUCAAUGCGGCGCCCAUGCUUUUCCCUCACUCCAGAAGUGUUCCCUCAUCCAAUAACGCCGCCGCUACUUACCAUUGGCCAACAAGCCCUAUUUUGCCACCUAUAUCUAGUAGAACACCACAUUUAGUGCCUGAUACUCACAUGCCAUCAAAUGGAUCUGCAGUUAAUAGCUACGCAUCUUCCAACAAAUACGGCAGCUGA